AUGACCGUGUGCAUGCAGCAGCAGGGAGGGAUAUGUUACUGUGUCAUGCAGGCGGCCCCACAGACGCUCAGUCCUUCAGUCGGAAUCCUGCGGCUCCACCAUGGCUCUCAACAUCCCCGGAGUUUCCGUCAUGAUGCUGUUCUACUUGCUGGUCCUCGGGAUCGGCAUCUGGGCAUCCUUCAAGUCUAAGAGGGAAGCCAAGAAGGGCCAGGGGGAUAAGACGGAAAUGGCUCUGCUGGGCAACCGAGGCAUCAAUCUGGCGGUCGGCAUUUUCACCAUGACAGCUACAUGGGUAGGAGGAGGAUUCAUCGUGGGCACGGCAGAGGCGGUAUACAACCCCUCCAUGGGACUGAUCUGGGCUGUCAUGCCAAUCACAGCAACUUUGUGCUUCAUCAUAGGUGGACUCUUCUUUGCCGAGCCAAUGAGGAACAAUAAAUAUGUGACCAUGAUGGAUCCUUUCCAGAUCAAAUAUGGAAAGGUACCGACAGCCGCUCUGUCACUGGCUUCAUUGGUAUCGGAGAUUAUGUGGGUGACAGGAACGCUCAUAGGAUUAGGGGUUACUAUGAGCGUGAUCCUGGAUCUCUCCUACACUGUGAGCAUCUGGAUCUCUGCUGCUGUGGCCAUCACCUACACACUAAUGGGCGGUCUCUACUCCGUGGCUUACACUGAUAUCAUUCAGCUCAUCCUCAUUUUCGUCAGCUUGUGGCUGUGCGUUCCCUUCGCCCUGAUGAACUCAGCGGUUGUGGACAUUACAGAGACAGCCUACAACUACACCUUCCAGUCUCCGUGGGUUGGCACUCUGGAGGCAGACAGAGCCUGGCUGUGGAUUGAUAACUUCCUGCUUCUGGGUUUGGGGAACUUGGGUCUUCAGAAUUUCCAUCAAAGGACGCUGUCUGCCGCCUCCUCGACCACAGCCAAAAUCACCUGCUUUGCUGCUGCAUUGAUUGUUCCCACCCUUGGCAUUCCUCCAAUCCUCCUUGGAGCAGCGGCUGCAUCCGCAAACUGGAACUUGACUUCUUACGGUUCUCCGUCUCCUUCUGAACGUGGGGAAAUGGGACUCGUCUUGCCAAUCGUCCUGCAGCAUCUCACCCCAACCUACAUCUCCAUCAUUGGUAUUGGGGCGGUUGCAGCAGCCGUCAUGUCAUCCACAGACUCAGCUUUACUCUCUGCAGCCUCCAUCUUCACCUCCAACAUCUACAAGAACAUAAUAAGGACACAGGCAUCAGAGCAGGAGAUCCAGUGGGUCAUCAGGGUCUCAGUGGUGGUGAUGGGCCUGGCCGGUACAUCUCUCACUUUCUUGGACAACAGUGUUCUGAUGAUCUGGAUUCUUCGCUCGGAUCUCACCUACACCCUCAUGCUACCUCAGCUUGUCUGUGUCCUGUUCUUCGACAUCUCCAACGGUUUUGGGGCUGUUCUGGGCUGUGCUGUCGGCAUCCUGCUGAGGGUGCUGUGUGGGGAGCCACAGCUGGGGAUUCCACCCGUUAUCCAUUUCCCAGGAUGCACUCUGGUAAAUGGUGUCUACAUCCAACGUUCACCAAUCAGGACCAUCUGCAUGGUGUCUGCGGUGGUGGCCAUCGUGUCGUUCUCCUACCUGGCUUCUGUGCUCUUCAACACAGGGCUGAUUCCUGAGAAAUGGGACGUUUUUAAUGUAAAAGCUCAGAGCUUAACAAAAACACAAGGUGGUGUCACAUCUGAAAUCAAGGACACAAUCUUGAAAGAGCAAAAUGAGAACAAAGAAGUGUGUGAACCAAUGUUAGAAUCUACAUGUUAAGUAAACGUAAGAUUUUUUUUUACACAUUUUGCAUUCAUUUAGACUGAUUUAUUAACAGAUAACAGACAUAUUUAAUUAUAGUAGACUAUAUUUUAGCCUAAAUGGAAAAACAUCACACCUAUGCUCUUUGUUUUAAGAGCUCAACAUCUUCUGCAAUUUUAUGCAGCUCUGAUACUUUUAAUCACCGACAGCCAAGACAGUGAAACUCUUCUGAGCCAGUAAUUUACAUCUCUUUAACUGUUUCAACAGUUAUUGGUGCAGGCGUCAUCAUUAAUGCUGUUUCUUGGGUGUCAAACAUAUUUAAAUUAUGUUACUACAAUUAUCAAAGACUCGAUGCAGCCAAAGCAGCUACAUUAGAAACAUAGCUUGUGAAUUUCCAAAGACAUAUUUUGAACACUGUUACUGUUACUGGUGCAAGGGCUGGUCAGCUCAUGUGAGAACCCACAUUUUUCCUUUAGUCUGAUAUUUUUGCAGGCUUCAGCAUUUAAAAACAGUAAAUUGUGGUUAAUGUUGAAACUAAGGCCUGUGGUUUGGUGAAUACUGCUGACAUCCGGCAAACUGUCAAAUAAAAGAAUGGGGGUGCUUCAGCAACCCAACGACCGGCUUUUUAUGUCUGUGAAGCCAACUGACUGAAUUGUGAUGUACUCAAGACUGGGCAAAGAAGAUUACAUGAAAUCUGCAUUAACCUAAGAGUUGUAAUGUGAUCAAUUUAAAAUCAUCUCUGCCUUUUAUGUAACACAAACACAUUAUUGUUGUUUUUGUCUGGUAUAUUUGCUUGUGUCUCUCUUUGACAUAUGGCAGCCAUUGCUUUCUUAAUUUUACUAAAUGUAGUAAAAUACGUGAUCUUACUUUUCAAUUAUGAAAACAGGCCUUUUACUUUGGACAAAUAUUUAAUCAAAGUAAAAUACGGUUUGCCUCACGUAUUUAACAUCUAAAAGUGACUGACAGUGUAGGUCAUGAUGUGAAGUCUGCCUAUUAGGAAGUAUUCCUUCAAAUACUAUAUAAUUAAUAAUAAUGUUUUUAGCACCUGUUGUACUAUUGAGUUAUGUAGGACUAGGGUAACCCUAGGCUGAGACUGUGCUCAUAAAUAUCCUAUUCCUCCUUAGAAGACAAUGUAUUCCACUUUAUGGGGAUUUGGACUUUAUAAUCCAGUAUGGUUAUUGACUCUGUAUUUUGUGAUUUCUACAUAUUGGUCUUCAAAGUGCACAGUCACAGUGACACAUCUACCCAUUUGUUCACACAAGUUCACACACAUUCACAUACCAAGCACUGGGAGCAACUCGGGUGUCAAGUGUCUUGCUCGAGGACACUUACUGGAGAUCAAGCCGCUAACCCUCCGGUUUGUGAACGACCCACUCUACUGAGCCACAGCCGUACAAUGCUAUUAUUCAUAUAUACGACAAACUUCAAUUCAAGUUUUUCUUUUGAUUUCUCUAUACAUUAUAGUAAUUGAAUUUCUAUAUAAUCAUCAGGCUAUACAUUUCAGUAUAAACUGGUUAUAUUAGCCUUGUUUCUAAUAAAAGCAUAUUUUCAGAAAAAGGACAAAUCUAUUUUAUGGCACUUUUUAAGAUCACACAGAUAUGUCAGUCUACUAACUGCCAACUCCUUUAUUCCCCAUUUGUUCUGAAAACUGACAUUGAGCAUAUUUGAGUAAUAAAAUAAGUAUUUUCUAUUAACUGAGGAUUAACAAACUUGAACAAUAAUUAGGUGUGUUGAGAUCGCUAAGAAAAUGCCAUUUACAAAAAGAGAGAUUUAAAAAAAAAUACCCACACCUCUCUACUGCUUGCAUAAAUAAUAACUUUUUGAGUUACUCCUAAAUACUCUAAUAAUUACAAUAAUAAGAAUUACAUUUACAAUGUCAGCAGAAUGUAAUGAGUGUUACUGAGUCCUUCUACUAGCUAAAAGCCCACCACAUUCAGCCUGACCUCAUGUGCCCUGCCAGCUUGCUAGCUGUAAUAUGACACACAGCAAUAACCCCACUGCCCUCAGUAAGUCUGUAUGGGACUGUGUGGCAUGUUGGGUCAGUGAUGGAUGUCCGGACUGUCCUCCCUCCUCCUGUCUAUGUCAACAACUCAACAGUGCAAUGUUGGAGCACAAGGUGGCUUCUCACUCCUGACUCGUGCGUGUGACAACAGCUCCGGUAGAACAAUCACAGGGGACACAAACACAUGGCACUGAGAUAAAGGUCUGCUAAAAUAAGACUACAAGCAAGUGUUGCUCUCAGAAGGACACAGACUGCUUCCUGUGUCCUCUGACGGUUUCAAGUUCAGAAUGAAAUAUACUGUGCCAGGGAAGUGGAACUAUAGAUUAUGAAGGAUCUAAAAGAAGAAUGCCUUUAAUGUCCUUGUACUACAACAAGCAUUUAAACUCAUCUCCUAUGUAGUUUGUGCAAGAGCAAACAAAGACAAUCAAAAAACACGGCAAUAGACAGUUAAUAAAAAAUUACAAAAAAUAAAUAAAUAAAUAAAUACAAUAAGGUGCAGGUAAGCGAACACAGAAUUGUAUACAGUAUACUACAAAAAACGCUCAACAACAAAAACUCGACAGUAAUAAAUAGGUCAAAACAAGAAGGACAAAUGUAAGUAGGUAGAUUUUUUUAUGGACAUAUAAUGCACAGUACCAGUGUGAAGUAUUAAUCAGAUAUUGCAUAUUGAAAGUGCACCAGAGUCUCAAUUAUUUAGCUCGCUUAUUGCUUUUGGGUAAAAUCUGUUAAUGUGUUUUCCAGAGGCAAGCAGUAUUAAGAGGCUGUUGCUUGGUGGGAGCAGUCCUGUGUGAUGUCUGUGACUUUGUGCAGACAUCUGUUCUGUAUGAGUCAGAUAGUGUGGGAAGCUGUGUUGUGACAAUGUUCUGCGCUGACUCGAUGACUCUAUCCAGAGACUUCCUGUCAGCCACAAUUUUGAACCAUACUAACACGUCGUAGGUUAUUUUGCUUUCCACAGAGCUUCUGUAAAGCAAAUUAGCAGAUCCAGGGACAGGUACAGCUUCCUCAGUGAUGCCAAGAAUUACAGUUUUUGCUGCCUGCCCUUUUCACUAGGACAGUGUUAUUAGUGUACCGUGUGAGGUUGUUUUCAAUGUAAGGUGGAAAGUUUCAGUGUUUUAUGAGGGUUAACAUAUAGUCCUCGAAACCACAAUCUAGUGUUUUUCUAUUAAAAAAUAUGGCACUACAGAAAUGUUACAUGCACAAUUCACACUACUAAAUUGACUAUUGACAGAAAAUCUGCAGUAACCGAAUCACCACCAAAGCUUUGUGCAUCUUAUAGGAAAAGAGACAAAAAUGACUGUCAAAUAACCAUAAAAUGUGUACAAGCCACUUUAUACCAGAUUGAACUGGUUUUAUGUCUUGAUUUAAUGUGGGAAUUAUUUCAGUUAUAACAGAGCUUGCAGGAGUGGUGGGACUAUUCAAGCAGGAAAUAUUCACAGUAUGGAUGGAGUGACACCAGCUGGCCAACUGGUGGUACAACAGCACACCAAGUCUGAAAUAUUUUGAACUUAGUCAUUCAUCUAGCCGUUGGAUCUUCUAGUGAUAUGAGUUCAAAUAUAACAAAGUUUAUCAACUAACCAAACAGCCGAAAAGCUAAAUUACUGUAAGUUUAGCAGCAAAAGGAAUGUGUGCACUAUCACAAUCAAACAGAUGCAUAUUUAAAAUGAUUACAUAAAUUAUGAUGAAAGUUAUUUUGUCUUACCAGGAGUCUGUGUGGAUUCAGUGACUUUCAUUGAUUUCAGUUCAUCUUGCUGAGCUUUGCUUUGAAUACCUGAUGAGUUUUGCAUUUGCAAAAUAACAAAUCAAAAAGCAUUAUUAAACUUGCUCAUCCCAUUUAUAAAAUCAUUAAAUUAGAUUUUCUCCAUUUAUUUUAGCACACAUUUAAUUUCUCACAAUUAUUGAUCAAUUUGUUGUGUUUACAAGUGAAUUGAAGGGCUGAUUCAAUGCUAAAUCACAGUGAUUAUCCCUGUACUUAAUUACUUUUUCACCCUUUAUCAUAGAACUUAAGCACAAGUUUGAUGAUUGUGAGAAGAUUUGCCUUUUAACAGACGUCUUUAUUACAGUCUUUAAAAACAGAAACAUGUCAUACGCCAGUUCAGUAUGACAAACAGUUCAGAUUCAGGGGAACAUUACAGACUGAGAUCAACACACUGGUAACUGUCUAACAUUAUUUAGAAGUUGAAUAAACUUUUAGGCAGUAGAACAGACUCAAUGUAGGCAUGACAGGGUUUGACCGAAUUUAUACUAUCAAUAUUUGGAUGGAACAUU